ACCAUACAAGAAAAUUAUCGAAUACCCUGAAAAACAUGAAGUACAUAAAGUACAUCAUGAAGUGCAUGAAGUAGAUGAAGAUGAAGUAAAAGUACAUAAAGUGCAUAUAGAAAAAGAAGAAUGCGAUAUCGAACGUGUCUUACUCAUUUCAAUUGAUGGUCUCCAUAAAGUUGAUGUAGAUGUGUUUACAAAGGCUAAUCCAAAAUCCACACUUGCAACCAUUCUUAAAAAUUCCAUAUAUUUCACGAACGUUAAAGAUUCCUUACCAACUGAUUCUUUCCCAGGUCUUAUGGCUCAAAUUACUGGUGGUAAACCUGCAACCACUGGUGUUUGGUAUGAUAAUUCUUGCCCUGGUUAUAAUGUUCUCUGGGAUGAAACACUUGAUUUAGACCAGACAAAACUUAACGCUACCAUUAAUCAAACUGCUCUCCCAGAACGACUUGAUGAAAAUGGUACCUGUGUAAAAGUUCAACCAUGGGAUUUCCUUCGUGUUAAUACAAUUUUUGAAGUCGCUAAGAAACAUAACCUCACAACUGCUUGGGUUGAUAAAUUACCUGCAUAUUCAAUCGUCAAUGGUCCUUCUGGAAAAGGUGUUGAUGAUUUCUGGGGUCCGGAAAUUGCUAGCAUCAAUAAAACCAACGUUACACAAGUCGAACAAUAUGAUAAUAAUCAUACUGUGGCCAUAUUAAAUUGGAUAAAUGGUAGAAGAGUUAACGGUUCAAGUUUCAAUGUUCCCAAUAUUUUCGGUGGUAAUUUCCAGACUGUUAGCGUUGCUCAAAAAUCUACUGCUGGUGGUUAUAAGGAUGCCAAAGCUACUCCAUCUUCCGUCCUCGAAGGUGCUUUUAAAUAUGUUGAUGGAAUUCUUAAAAAAUUCCUUGAUGAAUUAAAAAAAAAGGAUUUGGAGGAUGAUACAAUCAUCGUCAUUUCCGCAAAACAUGGCCAAUCUCCUAUUAAUAAAAAAUUACUUCAUAGAAUUAAUGAUACAUAUUUAACUUCCCAAGUCGGUGCUGACAAAAUUAAUCAAUUAACUACUGAUGAUGUUGCACUAUUUUGGUUAAAAGAUCAUAACGAUUCAUCAGCUGCAGCAGCUAGUCUUAAUAAAAACAAAACACAUCUCGGUAUUACAACUGUAUAUGAAGGAAAAACCCUCAAGAGUGAAUUUGGUUGUGAUCCAAAAAAUGAUACUCGAUGUCCCGAUAUUGCUAUUAAAGUCAAGCCUGGUGUUAUUUACUCCACUUCAACAGCAAAGAUUGCUGAACAUGGUGGCUUCAACGAAGAUGAUUAUCACGUUCCAAUUAUAGUCUAUAACCCCAAGAUUAAAGGAAAACAAUGUGAUGAUAAGAUCGAAACCCGCUCAAUUGCACCUUUUAUUCUUUCCGUUCUUGGAAUAGAUGGAAAAGAGUUGGAAGCUGUCGUUAAAGAUAAAACUCCCAAUCUUCCUAUUUUUAAAAAAUAA